AUGCAGCCCACGGGCCUUAAGGGUCCCCAUGUGUUCUGCCGGCUGCCCCUGCUGUGUUUGCUGUUCCUGCUGACGCUGCUGCUGCUGCCGGUAACCCGUGCCCAAAUCUCCCCGGGUACCCUUGGCACCGUCGGUAUCCUUGGCACCCCCAAUGCCACGACUGUGCCUGGGACCCUCAGCAGCACCACCUUACAGAGCACUCCCAGUUCCCUUAGCCUGCAGGAGCGUGCACAAGCCCUGAUGCGGAGCUUCCCACUCGUGGAUGGUCACAACGAGCUGCCUAUGUUCCUGAGACAGCGUUAUCAGAACAUGCUACAGGAUGUCAACCUGCGCAAUUUCAGCCAAAGCCAGACCAGCCUGGACAGGCUUAGGGCUGGCCUUGUGGGUGCCCAGUUCUGGUCAGUCAAUGCCCCAUGUGAGACCCAGGACCAGGAUGCCCUGCGCAUCACCCUGGAGCAGAUUGACCUCGUCCGUCGCAUUUGUGCCUCCUUCUCUGAGCUGGAGCUGGUGACCUCAGUCCAAGGUCUGAACAGCACCCAAAAACUGGCCUGCCUCAUCGGUGUGGAAGGUGGCCACUCCCUGGACAGCAGCCUCUCUGUGCUGCGCAGUUUCUAUGGGCUUGGAGUGCGCUACCUGACACUCACUUUCACCUGCAGCACCCCCUGGGCGGAAAGUUCCAGCAAGUUCAGACACCCCUUCUACACCAAUGUCAGUGGGCUGACAAACUUUGGUGAGGCGGUGGUGGGAGAAAUGAACCGGCUGGGCAUGAUGGUAGACUUGUCCUACGCGUCAGACACCUUGGUGAGGCGAGUCCUGGAGGUCUCUGGAGCUCCCGUGAUCUUCUCCCACUCGGCUGCCAGGGCUGUGUGCGACUACUUACUGAACGUCCCCGAUGACAUCCUGCAACUUGUGAAGAAGAAUGGUGGCAUCGUGAUGGUGACACUCUCCUUUGGGGUGCUGCAGUGCAACCUGUUGGCUAAUGUGUCCACUGUGGCAGAUCACUUUGACCACAUCAGAUCAGUCAUUGGAUCGGAGUUCAUCGGGAUUGGUGGGAAUUAUGAUGGGUCCGGCCGGUUCCCCCAGGGGCUGGAGGAUGUGUCUAAGUACCCAGUGCUGAUAGAGGAGUUGCUGAGGCGGGGCUGGAGUGAGGAAGAGCUCCAAGGUGUGCUCCGUGGAAACCUGCUACGGGUCUUCAGCCAAGUGGAACAGGUGAGCGAGGCAAGAAGAGGACAGAGGCCCGGGGAGGCUGAGUUCCCAGACAGGCGUCAGGUCAGGCCCUGCCACCCCCACCUCAUGCCGCAGUCUCAGAACAAGCAUGUGGGUCCACAGCUGGAGAUGACUGAGCCCCCGUCCAGUCAGAUGCUGCAGAGUCCCUCAAGAGCCUCCACACACUUCAUGCUAGGCCUUGUGACUGCUACCUCCCUGCCAUUUCUCGUCCUGUCGCUCUUGUGA